AUGGCUGGCGUCUGGUGCUGGGUCGCCGCCUCGGUGUGGGCGCUGACCGCUGCGGUAAGUCCCCGGGCCGUGGCUCCGGCCACUCCGGUGGCCAGGGUGACUCUCCUUAGGCUGUCGCGCAGUCAGGACGGGCCGGUAUGGCGCUGGGCGAGGCUGGGUCCUUACACCCACCAGAGGCUUUCCAAAUCUGCAACUGAGAUUUUAUUUCGCUUUUCCGAAGAGAAGCGGGGGCCAGGGGCUACCGAUAGCAGAGGUGCCGGGAGGCGGGGGGUCGCCCAAGACCUCGUGGAGGGGAGAAGGAGAAGGGAGGGGAGGGGAAUCCUUCUGGGGCUGAGGACGCAACCCAAUUUGAGAUCCCAAAACUCGCCCACCCCCACUGCCUUCCUGUCACUGCCCUUCAACCGCCGAACGCAGAGAGCUAAGGCGGCGUCCAAGCCGCAGGUGCUGAAACCCGGCUCGGUCCGACCACCGGGUGGUGUCUUCGCCCGCAUCAACGCCACUUUCAGGGCCCGUUCGCGGGAGGGAGGAUGCGGCUUGGAGCCGAGUUGGCUCGGAGGGAAAGGGGCGGCGUUAGAAGAAGAGGAGCGGGGGAGGAAGGAACAUUCCAGGUCCUUCUGCCGACGGGUCGCCGGCCUCGUGCACCCGGAAUGCGACUUCCUCGCCGAGCUGAAAAGGGGCGAGCGUGCAUGUCUGGAGGCUCCCGGGGAGCUGGAGAACGGCAGCGUCGGCUGCCCGACGGCGUGGGACCGUCUGCUGUGCUGGCCGGCCGCGAGGCCCGGGGACACGGUCACCUUGUGGUGCCCUGAUUUCUUCCUCCACUUCAGCGCGGAGCUGGGGUCAGUGGGAAGAAAUUGUACGGAGAGGGGCUGGGCUGAGCCCUUCCCGCCCUACGCUGUUGCCUGCCCCGUGGACCUGGAGGCCCCUAUUGGAGAUCGGGCUUACUUCUCCACGGUCAAGACCAUCUACACGGUGGGCUACAGUGUGUCCGUCACCUCCCUGACCGUCGCCAUCGGGGUCCUGGCGGCUUUCCGGAGGCUCCGCUGCCCCAGAAACUUCAUCCACAUUCAGCUGUUCCUCACCUUCAUCCUGAAGGCCGCCGCCGUCUUCUGCAAGGACGCCGUCCUCUUCCAACAGGAAGACGUGGACCACUGCAACUUCUCUACGGUGGGAUGCAAAGUGACCGUAACGCUGGGCCACUACUUCACGAUGACCAAUUUCACCUGGCUCCUGGCCGAAGCCUUGUACCUCAGCUGCCUCCUGGUGUCGUCCUUUCCCAACGGUCCACGGCGCUAUCUGUGGCGGCUGGGCCUCUUCGGCUGGGGAUUUCCAACGGUUUUCAUUACCGCGUGGGUGAUCUCCAAGCUGUACCUGGAGGAUACUGAGUGUUGGGACGUGAACGACAACUCUCCAUCGUGGUGGAUCAUCAAGGGACCCAUUGUCUUCUCGGUGGGGGUGAACUUCCUGCUUUUCCUAAACAUCGUCCGGAUCCUCCUGAAAAAACUGGACCCGCGACACAGCAACUUCAACAACUCCAAGAAUUACAGACGCCUGUCCCGUUCCACGCUGCUCCUCAUCCCGCUCUUCGGGACUCACUACAUCGUCUUCAACUUCCUCCCGGACUGGGCCGGCCAGGGCCCGCGGCUCUACCUGGAGCUGUGUGCUGGUUCCUUCCAGGGUUUCAUCGUGGCAGUGCUCUACUGUUUCCUGAACCAAGAGGUGCAAGCGGAACUUGGACGCCUCUGGAGAGGGCACAACUAUGGGCCGAUGCCUGUGCAGAGGGCCAGGGUCCGGUGGACCUGGCCAUCCAGUUCGGGAGCCAAGAUGACCACAUCAGUGUGCUAGCAGGCCGUCCCUGCUGCUCCUUCCUGCUAGAGACAGCUGCCAACAUCAUCUCCCUGGACAGAGGAGAAAGUCUACGCCCCACCCCACCCCCAGCCUUUCCCUCCACAUCUUUCAGCAGUGAGUACCCCCCUGGACCCACGGUAGACUGGGAGGCCAGGCUCAGUCCCAGCUCUGGCCUGCUGUGUGACCUUUGGCAAGUCACUCUACCUCCCUGGGGCUCUAUUUCCUCCUCUGCACAAUGAAGAAUAAGGUGAACAUCUUCAUCCAGCUCCGCAGGAAUGUUGUGAGGAUAAAAUAGCAUAUUGGUGUGAA